UACUCUUAAACUGUCAUCAUUAUUGAAAAGUGCGUAUUUCCAUUUAAAUUGCAAUGCUGACAAAAAAGCAGCAAGUGGUAAAACACAAAUAUGGGUCAUUCAACUUAUAGCUAGCUCCCGGCUUAGACUUUAAUUUGUUAAAAAGUGUUUUAAUUGUGUUGGUGAUGUGCAAAUGUUUAUUCGUUCUGGUUAAAAUGGGUAAAUGCACUGUGGGAUGAAGGUGUGACAUAAUUUUCUUUUGCGAUGGCUAUUCAGUAGUAUCUUUAUUUUUAAUUAAUUUUCAAUAAAUAUUCUUCUUGAGUGUUGUUAAGUUCAAAAUCAAACUAGUAAGAUCCCACAAUGGUCAAAGAAAAGCCAAAUUCAACUCGAAUUUACGAUGAUGAAGGAUUUCGGCGGCGUGCUGCAUGUAUUUGCGUUCGAUCAGAAUCAGAAGCUGAGGUUUUACUAGUGACAUCUUCAAGGAGACCAGAUUCAUGGAUAGUUCCUGGAGGAGGUGUUGAACCAGAAGAGGAGCCAAGUGUGACAGCAACUAGAGAAGUUUUAGAAGAAGCUGGUGUAAUUGGAAAACUUGGGCGUAGCCUUGGUGUAUUUGAAAGCAGAGAGCACAAGCAUAGAACUGAGGUCUAUGUCAUGAUUGUAACAGAGGAGUUGGAUGAGUGGGAGGAUUCUCGAACAAUAGGGAGGAAGAGGCAGUGGUUUACAGUAGAAGAGGCCUUAGAAAAGUUAGCAAAACAUAAACCAGUGCAGCGACAUUACUUGCAGCAGUUGCUUCGUUCUAAACUCACUUGACUUUGACUGUUUAACUUAAAAAACGUAUUCUUUUAUUAUUUAAAAAACGUGCUUUCAUACGGUUAUGUGGGUUGUAUAUCUAUUAAUUACUGAAUUUUGUAUCACGUUUUAUGUAAACCGUUUUGAAUAAAUUUGCAGUAUAUUUCAACAAUAAAAUAUUUUUAAAAAAUUGAA